AUGAUUUGCGUUCAGGUUGACAAAACAGACCAAUUGAUACUACUUGGGUGUGAUAAUAAGAAAUAUCUAAUCUAUGAUCAUGAUUUUAAUGUGUUAUAUGAUAGGAAAUUCGGUAAAAAAAUAUCAUUUGUAACGAAAUGUGACGAUAAACUUAUAAUUGGUGAUUAUUUUGGGGAUGUGUCUGUUUUAAACUAUCGCAGUGCCGAGUGUGUUGGUCCCUCUGAAAGCCCAGAGGAUACCGGCAGGGAUGACAAAGUUGUGGUACCUUAUUCACACUAUAGUACGAUUACGGCAUCAUUGAUAUGCCGUGACGCACUUUUUACCGGAGAUAAGGAUGGAAAGAUCAUUUUCACUUCGAUGACCAAUUUGCAUGAAAUUGGAUCGAUUCUAUUGGCACAUAAAAUUUGUAUGGAUAUUGUUGAUAAUAAAUUUCUGGUUUCAAUAUCCAUUGAAAAUACAAUUAGGAUCUGGUGUUUGUCAACUUUCUCCGAGUUACUUUGUAUUAAUUUACCCACAGAUGUGUAUAAUGUGUCCUGUGAGUACAGUAAAAAUCUUAUAGUUGUACCAUAUUGCAACCACUUAUUGGUCACUCAGUUUAAUUUUGAUAAGUUGGAACUGAGAGAUUAUUUUGUUUUCAAGUUGCCUUUUGUGGCUCAGUCGUCUCUGUUUAUUGAUGGCCACUUGUACCUAAUUGAUGAAUUCUCAAGUUUGUAUUCAGUUGAGUUUGAUGCUGAACUAGGUGUCAAAGACGAUAAAGAUUCUAGAAAGGGCACUAUUCAGCAAUUAGGCAGAGUACCGAGUAGUCAAUUCAGUACCAAUAUUGCAGUAGAGUUGCCACCACUAACUGCCUCUAAAGCACUUGAGCCUAGGCUGUUGCACGACGAUCAAAACCGGAACAGAGGAGUGAAGAUAAACAUAACUAAGCACGUUAACGUUUAA